AUGCAUUUUCCAGUUCAGAUUCCACACAUCAAGCGAGCAAUAAAUUUGACUAAUGGUCAUCUGAAAUUGUUUGCUAGCCCAUGGUCAGCUCCGGGAUGGAUGAAAACAAGCGGAAAAAUGAUCGGCGGCGGGACGUUACGCGGAACUCCCGAUGGGCCUUAUCACACGACGUGGGCUGAUUAUUUCAUAAAGCAAGUGCCUUUAAAUUAA